UAUACGUUUCAAGGGUUAUUUAAUACUACAGAUAACAGAGAAAAAAAACAACUUAAAUCUUCCAUGGAGCAUGUCAGACUUAUCGUCUUCUUUGCAUGUUUCCUAAUGUUUGUUCCAUUAAAAGCCUUAGCUCAGGCAGAUACCUAUCAGUUUGCUCCAAGGUUCAGAUGUUUAGACCGAGGCAACUUCACAGCCAACAGCACUUUUGCCGGAAACCUCAACCGCCUUGUCUCCUCUCUCUCCUCAGUAACAUCCCCUGAAGCUUAUGGCUUCUACAACCUCUCCUCUGGUAGCUUAUCUGGAGAAAGAGCUUAUGCAAUUGGUCUGUGUAGAAGAGAAGUCAGAAGAGAUGACUGUCUCAGCUGUAUUCAGAGAGCAGCACGAAACCUCACCGAGCAGUGUCCUCAGACAAAACAAGCUGUUGUGUGGUACACGCGCUGUAUGUUUCGUUACUCGAACAUGACACUUUAUGGAAAGAAAGAGACGUUCCCAACUCUGCAUUUUAUUGCCGGUCAAACGAUACCAUCAAACGAAGAUGAGUUCAAGCGUCUGCGAAGAGGGCUAUUGGAUAGGCUCAAAGGGAUAGCAGCUGCUGGUGGGCCGAAUAGGAAAUACGCUCAAGGGAACGGUUCGGGUACGUCAGGGUACAGGACAUUCUACGGGAGUGCGCAGUGUUCGCCGGAUUUGUCUGAAAAGGAUUGUGAUGACUGUCUUGUUUUUGGGUUUGGGCAAAUCCCACUUUGUUGUGAUGAUCAGAUUGGUCUUAGGUGGUUUUGUCCUAGUUGUAACUUCCGGUUUGAGAAGUCGCGAUUUUUUGAGCUUGACGCCGACCUUGAACCUGAUCCACCUGCUACAAAAACUGAGAGAACAGGAUAUAAAGUCGUUAUUGCGAUAGUCGUUCCAAUAGUUCUUGUUGCUUCAUUUGCAAUUUGGCUAUGCUAUGUCUUGAAGUGGAAGAAGAACAAGUCUAGAGAUAGAGUCGAAGUUCGUGGGAAUCCGCCUUUGUCAGGAUCAGUUGCCGAAGAUGAGGUCUUGAGUACAGAUUCUCUGGUAGUUGACUUUGAAGAUCUAAAGGUGGCAACAAAUAACUUUUCUUCUGAAAACGAACUUGGACGUGGUGGGUUUGGUUCAGUUUAUAAGGGUGUGUUCUCUCAUGGGAAAGAAAUCGCGGUAAAAAGAUUGUCGGGUACUUCUGGACAAGGAGACACUGAAUUCAAGAACGAAAUCUUAGUACUUGCAAAACUUCAACAUAGGAACUUGGUUAGGCUUUUAGGUUUCUGCAUACAUGGACAAGAAAGACUACUUGUUUAUGAGCUGAUCAAGAAUGCUAGUCUUGACCAUUUCAUCUUUGAUCCUGAGAAGCGUCAACUUUUGGAUUGGGGAAUGCGAUACAAAAUGAUUAACGGAGUUGCUAGAGGACUUCUUUAUCUUCAUCAAGACUCUCGUUUUCGGACCAUUCACCGUGAUCUCAAAGCUAGCAACAUUCUUUUGGACCAAGAACUGAAUCCAAAAAUUGCUGAUUUUGGAUUAGCUAAACUCUUUGACACAGGCCAAACCAUGACACAGCGAUUCACAAACAGAAUUGCAGGAACUUACGGGUAUAUGGCUCCGGAAUACGCCAUGUACGGACAAUUCUCAGUUAAAACAGACGUUUUCAGCUUUGGUGUAUUAGUGAUUGAGAUCAUUACAGGUAAGAGAAACAACAGUGGUGGAUCUGAAGAAGAGGAAAAUAUUCUUGUGUGGGUAUGGAGAAGUUGGAGAGAAGACACUUUACAAAGCGUGAUCGAUCCAAGUUUAACCACAGGAUCAAGAAACGAGAUCUUGAGGUGCAUACACAUUGGUCUGUUAUGUGUUCAAGAGAGUGCAGCGACUAGACCAACAAUGGUCUCGGUUGCUCUUAUGCUCAACAGCGAUUCAUUUAAUCUCCCGACACCUUCAGGGCCUGCGCUUGUGUUAGAAAGUGUGAUGCCUCCGAAUGUUUCAUCAUCGACGACUAUAGAGUUACAAACUUCGUUGGAUGAUAUCAAUGUUUCUGAGUUAUCUCUUCGUUAGAUGAUGCAAUCUUAAGUUUUUUAUUUUAUUAUUAUUCUCCAUAAUACUCUUUCUAUUUUUGUUUACACAAAUUAAGAAAGUGACGGAAAUAUAUAUAAGUUAUUAUUGAUUA